UCACUUAGUGUCUGUGCAACUGCAUGACAAGUUACAUAAGCUCAUUGUCAGUUGACUAGGCAGGUCUAAAAAGCUCCAGCAAAAUCGAAACUGUGAGAAAACAAGAAGAGGGGAGCCAUGGAGAUGCAAGAGAUCCCCAAAGAGACAGAAAAAGCCAAAGAAGGGGAUGAAGGACCGAGCGAACCGAUGCUGGAGGUGAAAAAAGAAGAGGAAGCAGAACAAGACCACUACGCCAAACUGCAAAUUUCAUCUGAGGAUGUCUAUUCAGAAGCUUUCUCUGCGGCUGGUUCACGAAAACAAAUACUGGGCAAAGAACCGACUGGAGGAAAUGUGCGUCUGUACCGUGGAGUGUGCUUAUUCCUCACCUUAAUGUGCAUCGUCCUUCUGGUGGUUGUCAUUAUCCUCAGCCUGAAACUGCAAACUGGACCCACAGUCUGCCCGGUGGUAGAGGAAAGUGCAACAGCUAAAGAAGCAGUACCUGCGUUUGCUCCAGGAUGCUCCUUCGAGAACUGCCAGGCCCAGUUCCCAGCUAUUCACAUUAAACAUCAUGGCUGCCGGAUGUGUGGUGAUGGGUGGAUGACCUUUGGCCGAUCGUGCUUUUUCCUGUCGACUUUUAGACUGAAGUGGCACCAGAGCGAGCAGAACUGCACCUCCAGAGGGGGAUCUCUGGCUGUUAUUACAAGCAAAGAAGUUCAGGACUUUCUGACACAGAAAGGGAAUCUCCAAUACUGGAUCGGCACCAUUAAAAAAGGCACUGAAUGGACCUGGGUUGACAGCACAAAGCUGCAAGAGAGCUAUUGGGCAGAAGAUCCAAGAACUGGGAAUUGUGGGAUCCUAGACAGCACAGGCCCAUCUGCCAGAAACUGGAUUAGAGCUCCCUGCAACGUCGCCACUUACUUCAUCUGUCAGCUGCAGCUCUUGUAAAAGAACCGCGAGCAAAUCUGUUCCGCCAGCAAGCAUCAAAUUCAACAAUAACAUGCCAAGACAUCUCUUUCCAGUAUCCAGCAAAGAAAUAUAAACAAGCUUUUUAGAUAACAGUUGCUAAGUCUGACACUUAGCAGUUUAUUUACAGUAGAUUUUCUUGCAGCUUAGUGUGGAAUAAUUUCUGCUCUAAUAUUUGAUUGUAAAGCUUUGUAAGUGCCUUGCUCCUUUGUUUUGUAUGAUUUUAUUAUCUGCUGUCUGCUUUACAAAUGAAGUGACAGUGAAACUGUUUUAAGAAAGUUUUAUUCUCAUAUAAAAUUACUCAUUACCUACAUGAUAA